AGGAGGCCUGCUGCCGAGCCGCCGUUCAAGCCGCCGCGUACGAAGUCUGAAGACUUGUUUUGCCCCGCUUCACGCGGGAAGCCGGACGUCCGUGAGAAGCAGUGGCAGAGGACCCGUUUCAGCGCAGCUCCGGCCUAGCUGAGCCACUGUCCUGGACUUUAACAUUGGCCGGGGUCCGCCCGCGCUGCGUUGGUUCUCAGGGCGCGAGGCUGCCCGCGUCCCUGCGGGGAGGGCGGGCGUCGUCCGCUGUCCUGAAGUCCACACCCUGAUCCCAGGAAGGCCUGACGGAAGCCACGGGGCGCGGUCACCCCGUGGGGGCCGGGGGCGGCCUGGGCGUGCCGCUGGCUGCCGCGCGCUGGAUGGACGACGCCCUAGCUUCUGAGGAUGGCCGGGGGGUUAGAGAAGGCCCCGAGGAAGGAGCGAGUCCCCGAGUUCGGGAGAAAGCGUUUGUUCCCAGUGAGAAGGGCGCCGGGGAGCGCUGACACCCCAGCGGCGGGAGAUACCGAGUCGGGGGCUCUGGGUGUGCCGCGUGUUGAGGCCCAGACUGGGUAACCAGAUGGAUGGAACCCCGGCGCCAAACCCGCUUCCCGUAAUUCUGCAGCCGGGCUCGUUCGCCAACGAGGGUUUAUAAAACCCCUUCCGAGUGCCAAGCAAUGUCCUGGGUGCUGCGGAUACAAAAGCUAUGAACAUAGACCAAAGAAGGGGGGAAAAAAGACCCUUUUUUAUGGAGAUUUACAUUCUACUGGAAGCGUCACAUGAAAUUGCUGAUCCGAUUCCCUCCUGACAGCAGGCUUAAUCGUGAUUCCCAUGAGCAGUAGGACCUCAGAGGGCAAAAGGGACCUGGGUCCAGGGUCCCACAUUGGGAGUGAUGGCUUCAGUCUUUCAGACCACCACUGAGCUGCACAGCACAUGGAGCAGAGUCCACAGGCCCUGGCUCCAGGAAAAAGACACAUGAAAUUAAGUGAGGAGGAGGUUCCAGGACCCGGAGGUCAUCAUUUAUGGAGACACCAUUGACCAGAGAUUAAGAUUUCUGACCAGAAAUUUAGAGCAGUUCAAAAAGGGACUAAAGACACAGCAUCUUCAUUACUGUCCAUUUCCCCAAACAGAAGAAAAUGAUGAAGACUCAGGAGUUGCUGACACUGGAGGACGUGGCUGUGGAGUUCACCUGGGAGGAGUGGCAGCUCCUGAGCCCCGCCCAGAAGGCCCUGUACCGGGAUGUGAUGCUGGAGAACUACAGCAGCCUGGUGUCCGUGGGAUAUCAAGCCAGCAAGCCAGAUGCACUAUCCAAGUUGGAACGAGGUGAACUAUGGACAGUUGAAGAUGAAAUCCACAGUCACACUCGCCCAGAAAUCAAGACAGUCAAUGAUCAUCUGCAGGUGCAUUUGAAAAACCAAAGGUGUCUGAAAAGAGUGGGACAAUACCAUGAACAUAGUGAAUUUGGAAAGAGCAUUAAUCAGAGGAAAAGUAAUAUCCCUUUAAUGCAAAAUCAUGUUGUGUUUGACGUAAAUGGAAAAACAGUGAAAUCAAAUUUAAGCUUAGUCAAGCAUAACAGGAGCUGUAAAAUAAAAAAUCUUGUGGGGGUAAAUGGAGACAAGAAAUCCUUCCUUCACGCUGAGCAUGAACGAUUUUUUGCUGAAAAGAAAUUUCCCAAAUACGGAAAUUCUGUGACUACAAAUGCACAAUUCAUUAAGCCUCAGGGAACUCAAAAGAGAGAGAAACCCCAUGUGUGCAAUGAAUGUGGAAAGGCCUUCCUCAAGAAUUCUCGCCUCAUUGAUCAUCAGAGAGUUCAUUCAGGAGAGAAACCUCAUAGAUGCAGUAUGUGUGGGAAAGCCUUUUCCAGAAAGUCCCGGCUCACUGAACAUCAGAAAACACACGUAGGAGACAAACGGUAUGAAUGUACUGAAUGUGACAAAGCAUUCCGCUGGAAAUCGCAGUUUAUUGCACAUCAGAAAACUCAUACAGGAGAGAAGCCCUAUGUAUGCAGUGACUGUGGAAAAGGCUUCAUCAAGAAAUCUCGGCUCAUUAACCAUCAGAGAGUUCAUACAGGAGAGAAACCACAUGGAUGUAGUCUGUGUGAGAAAGCGUUCUCCAGAAAGUCUAGGCUCAUUGAACAUCAGAGAACUCAUACGGGAGAAAAACCCUAUGAAUGCACUGAAUGUGACAAAGCAUUCCGCUGGAAAUCGCAGCUCAAUGCACAUCAGAAAACACAUACAGGAGAAAAGUCGUACAUAUGCAGUGACUGUGGGAAGGGCUUCAUUCAGAAAGGCAAUCUGGUUGUACACCAGCGAACUCAUACUGGAGAGAAGCCCUACGUGUGCAGUGACUGUGGGAAACGCUUCAUUCAGAAGGGCAAUCUCCUUAUACAUCAGCGAACUCAUACUGGGGAGAAACCCUACGUGUGCAGUGACUGUGGGAAGGGCUUUAGCCAGAAGACAUGCCUAAUAUCGCAUCAGAGAUUUCACACAGGAAAGACGCCUUUUGUGUGUCCUGAAUGUGGAAAGUCCUGCUCACACAAGUCAGGUCUCAUUAACCAUCGGAGAAUUCACACAGGAGAAAAACCUUACAAAUGUGGCGACUGUGGGAAAGCUUUCAGAGAUAAGUCAUGCCUCAACAGACACCGCAGAACUCACACAGGAGAGAGACCAUACGGAUGCUCUGAUUGUGGGAAGGCUUUCUCCCAUUUGUCAUGCCUUGUGUAUCAUAAGGGGAUGCUGCAUGCAAGAGAGAAGCGUGUAGCUUCAGUCAGGUUAGAAAAUCCUUCCUCAAAAAGUCACAGCUCAUCACAAACAGAUGAUUUUAUACAGGAGAAAAACUCUGCUAACAUGGGGACUGUGCACAUGCCCUCUGGUGCACCUCAGACUUUAUUAAACAGCAGUGAGUUCCAAGCAGAUCGCAAUGUAGCCAUUGUGGGACAGCCAGUUGCCAGAUGUUCAGCUUCUGUGAAAGAUAGAAUUUGCACAGAAGAGAAACCUUAUGAAUGCAGUGAAUAUGGUAGUGCUUUCAGUGAUCCAUUACGUCAUACUUUGUCACAAAAACCACAGAGAAAUAAACUGAAAUAUUCAAGGUUGAAAACUCUUGAGUAAAACCUAGCUCGUUAUAUGGCUAAGUGUGUAUAUAUUAAAUGGAAAAAAAAAGUCCUAUAAAUGCACAGACUGGGAAAAUCUAUUAUGGGAGGAUAGAUCCUAUCAAUGGUCAUAGAUCACAGAUCAUCAGUGAACUCAUAGUUGAAUGAAAUACAAUAACCGUGGAAAAGCCCUGGCCCAGAAAUAAGACCUCGGUAGGUAUCGGUUAAUAUAGGAGACAAACCAUUGGAAGAUCUUUGAAGACCGUGAAUGUGACAGGGUUGCCAAUGGUAGAUUCUGUCCCAUGAAUUGUCAGAAGAAAUUAUAUAGAAACAAUAGUGAAUCACACUAACUAGAACAUCUUCAAAAUAUCAGGAGCACCGGCCGGCGCCGUGGCUCAAUAGGCUAAUCCUCCGCCUUGUGGCGCUGGCACACCGGGUUCGAGUCCCGGUCGGGGCGCCAGAUUCUAUCCUGGUUGCCCCUCUUCCAGUCCAGCUCUCUGCUGUGGCCCGGGAGUGCAGUGGAGGAUGGCUCAAGUGCUUGAGCUCUGCACCCCAUGGGAGACCAGGAGAAGCACCUGGCUCCUGCCUUUGGAUCAGCACAGUGCGCCGGUUGCAGCACGCCGGCUGCGGCAGCCAUUGGAGGGUGAACCAACGGCAAAGGAAGACCUUUCUCUCUGUCUCUCUGUCCACUCUGCCUGUCAAAAAUAAAAAUAAAUAAAUGAAUAAAACUUUAAUUGGAUAGACAAUUUAAAAAGUGAACACUGGGAAGCAUUUCACAAAGUGCUUUAAGCUGCCAUUUGGAAUGCCCCAUCUCCCAUAUCCUAGUGCCUGGUUCAAGUCCUAAUGUAGUUUUUAGUGAUGCACAUGCUGAGAGGCAGCAGAUGAUGGCUAAAGUACUUAAGUUCUUGCCAUCCAUGUGGGAGACCCAGAUGGAGUUCCAUUCUCCUGGCUUCAGUUUCGUCCAGCCCUGAAUGUUGCAGGCCUUUGACUAGUGAACCAACAAAUGGAAGAUAGUCUCCUCUAUGUCCCUGCUCUUCAAAUAAAAUGCAAAGUAAUAACAGUAAAAACUUCUAUCAUCUUACUACUUCACUCUCUUCCCUUCAUAAAAGCUAUAGCUAGCACUUAAAUGCAGUUUGCCAGGUGCUACCUGCAUUGCUUGGUUGCUUAAUAUUUCAUAUGCUCCCUUUUCACCUUCACGUGUCUUGGGAGAAAUAUUUGAUUUUAUUUGAAGGCUCAUACCUUUCUCCCUAUUAUAGAUAAUGUGGGCAGUGGGCUUCACGGAAUGUCCCAGAGUUGGCUUCAAGACAGUUCUCACCUAGUUGAGCAUGAUUCAUGUUCUGUCCCAUCCCCGGAAGGACACUGGAAAUGUCCUCUGCUUUUGUCCACUCUGAUGGCUGCCUUCCAUGCCCCUUCAAACACUUCACCUUUUACAAACUUAGUUUUCUAUUGGUCCUCCCGGGGCACUUAGCAGUUCCUCCCUGAGCCAAGAGUUUGUAUUUUAUUAUUUGUAUUAUUUGUAUUAUUUGUAUUAGGAGACCAGACCUACUCUGAGACACCUGUGUCUGUAGUGCUUGCUCCUGGUGGCUCAGCAUGUGCGUAGAGCAUGCAGAGAUAUUUUGCUCAGCCUAUUGAGGGUUUUAUAUCUCUUGAUAACUUCUGCAGUUAUCAUAGUGAUAGAGGUACUGACUACUUAAAAUCAGACCUGGGCUGCUUGGCACUGGACUGCCAGUUAACCUGAGAUGAGAGUUGAUGCAAGGAAAUAGAUUUAUUCAAGAGGGUGUGUCUUCAGGGAAAAGCAACCUCUUCAGUUUCAGAAGUACUUUUCCUAAUUUGCAAGUUAGCAGAACUUUUAAAGGAGAAAUAGGGGCUGGAAGAGAUUGUCAGGUUUCUAGGAUUGGUUCUGCUAGUCAUCCUGACAUUACUUAGGUGGAAGCUUCUUGAUAUCGAGUUGAUUGUUUUUGGCUGAUGAUCAUAAUUUCCUUCCUUACCUGAGGUUGUCCCCUGAAAUUCUUAGGGCAGCAUCUGUUGAAUAAGCAUUCUAAUAAGUCACAGGAUGAGCAGUUAGCUUUUGUUAAUUAGAAUGUGGAAAAGAGAGGACAAUGUGCUUUCUUUAUAGUUGCAAUCAUAUAACAUCAUAAGGUUAGAAUGAAAAGAAAGAGGAAGAUGUGUUCAAUACAGUUACAGUACCCUGAAGUUAACUCAGUACUUUCUUACAGCACUGAAUGGUAACAGUCAUUAUAGAUGCUGUGUUGUGGAACACAGCAGAAUGCAGGGCCCAUGGCCAGAGCUCAGACUCCUGGAAGUGCCGUUUCUCCACCAGGAAUUAUUGGCUCUUAGUGUCCUCAUGAUGGUAAAGGAAGAGCUGUGGAGCAAUGGCAUCAGGGUUGAAGUCUUUUUGAACUUGGAUUCCAACUUUAUUCAUUCUUUGUAGAGUCUACAAAGGAUCAAGUUCCGGUAGGUUGGGUUCUGGACCUAACUCCAGAGUAAAAGGCUUUGGAAGUCAGUGAAUCACAACAUGGUACUGGGACCAUGAAGGGCCAUGUACUGAGGAUAUCUUCUCUUUUAGUCACUGAGGAAUAAUAGAACCUUUGGCAGUCAUGUAUUAGGAAUCUUAAAGUAAUGACCAAUAGCCCAUCUGUUGGGGUUUAUGGUCAUUGAGGGCCCAUGCAGAGUAAAUCAGUGGUUGAGACUCAGAAUAGUAAGGUGUGUCAUUGAACAAAGUCUGCUACCCUCAUCCACCAGUGGACUAAACUUUCUUUCCUUUAUCUUCAAACUUUGUCCUCAUUAUUGUGAUUUACCACCAUUGACAAGGCCCAGACUUUUGGUUACAGCAUGAAGAGAUGGGUCUGGAAACUCAGGGCCCCAGGCCCCUGUAGAGUUGGGGGGUUGAGGCUUAAACAUUGGGUGCUGGUAAUGGUUAUAUAUAUUUUUUAAGAUUUAUGUAUUUGAAAGAGUUACACAGCGAGAGGAGAGGCAUAGCGAGAGGUCUUCCAUAUGCUGGUUCACUCCCCAACUGGCCGCAAUGGCUGGAGCUGCGUAGAUCUGAAGCCAGCAGCCAAGAGCUUCUUCCAGGUCUCCCAUGCGGGUGCAGGGGCCCAAGGACUUGGGCCAUCUUCUGCUGCUUUCCCAGGCCAUAGACCGGUGCCCAUAUGGGAUGCUGGCACUUCAGCUGGUGGCUUCACCCACUAUACCACAGCACCAGGCCCAGUAAUGGUUGUAAUUUAAAGCCACACUUGCCCAGCUAAUACAAAUCUAUUUCAGUUCUUUAAGUCUAUCCUCAAGAUAUAAACAUGUGUCUUCCUACAUUAUCUCUUAUAUUCAGUUUUCAGGACAAUGUCUAGUCUCUUUGUGAUAUUUGUUUAAAAUAAGUGUAUGUUUAUUUUCCUGGUCAGUAUAGUCAGUUUGGUUCAUUUUAAUGGAUUUUUCCAAGCCAAAAUCUGAAUAUUUAAAUUACUAAAGCUUAGGUCCUUUUGCCUUAAUCUUUUCAAUCUUUACAUUCUCUGAACACAGUCAUUUCAACUUUUAUCCAUAACAUUUCAACUUUUAUCCAUAAAUAUUUACAUCUUGAUAACUUUCCACAUUGCUGUGUCCACUUAAACUCUUCAAAUUUUUUUGUCUCUAACUGCAUACUUUGCACUUUAAUUUCUAAUAAAAAUCUAAAUAGUUAUAUGCUUUAAAAAGUCUGCUUACUGGGGGCUGGCGCUGUGGUGCAGUGGGUUAAUGCCCUGGCCUGAAGCGCUGGCAUCCUAUAUGGGCACUGGGUCUGAGUCCUGGCUGCUCCUCUUCCAGUCCAGCUCUCUGCUGAGGCCUGGGAAAGCAGUAGAAGAUGGCCCAAGUCCUUGGGUCCCUGCACCCACGUGGGAGACCCGGAAGAAGCUCCUGGCUCCUGGCUUCAGAUCAGUGCAGCUCUGGCUGUUUCGGCCAGCUGGGGAGUGAACCAUCGGAUGGAAGAUCUCUCUCUCUCUCUCUCUCUCCCUCUCUCUCUCUCUGUGUAAUUCUGACUUUCAAAUAAAUAAAUAAAUAAAUCUUUAAAUAAAAAGUCUGCUUACUUCCUCAAAUUCCAAAUCUCAAUACUGUUCACACUUUCAAAGGCAGUUCCUCUUGACUUAAAAUCAGUAAACUUCAAUUCUUCACACUUAUUCCAACAUUUUGAAUUCAUCAGGGAGCCGUGUUUUAUUCCGUGAUGUUUUAUUCCACCUCCCUUCAUCUUUGUUUUUCAUAAUUUGCAGUUGCCUUCUUGUCUUCUUUGCUUGCUUAUUAUUUUCCCUAACUAGAAUAUAAACACAUUGAAAAUAAAUAAUAGGUUAGAUUUCCGAACACCACAACAAGGAUAUAAUGUGCACUCAGUAAAGAUUUAUAGGAUAACUAAAUGCAGGUCCCCUAAUUUUGGAUCAGGUUUGCUUUACACUUAUGUUUUCUCAUCUAACUUUAAUUUUUCUUGUUUUAUACUAUUUAUGCAAGUUUUACAAAGUGUUAGAAAGUAGCCAAAUCUAUAUACAUUGUUAAUUAUUUAAGCUUUGUACAACUGUUGCUUUUGCUGCUUGAUUUGUGUCUAUAAGAUAUUUCACAAAUUUUUGAAAAAUGGAAUUAAAAGGUAAAUUCAGUGCAAAAAAUUUGAAGUCUACGCAUAUAAAGUGUCUUCAGAAAAUUCAUGGGAAAUGUGUAUUAUAAAAAAAAAAAAAAACUGAGGCCGGCGCCGUGGCUCAACAGGCUAAUCCUCCGCCUUGCGGCGCCAGAACACCGGGUUCUAGUCCCAGUUGGGGCGCCGGAUUCUAUCCCGGUUGCCCCUCUUCCAGGCCAGCUCUCUGCUAUGGCCUGGGAAGGCAGUGGAGGAUGGCCCAAGUCCUUGGGCCCUGCACCUGCGUGGGAGACCAGGAGAAGCACCUGGCUCCAAGCUUUGGAUCAGCACGAUGCGCCGGCCGCAGCGGCCAUUGGAGGGUGAACCAACAGCAAAAGGAAGACCUUUCUCUCUGUCUCUCUCUCUCUCACUAUCCACUCUGC